CUCCCACCGGGGCUGGGUAACAUUGAUAUCAUCGGACACAGGGGUGUGGUGGUGGAGCAGGCUCAAAUUAUCCGGGCAAACAGCAUUAUUUUGGACUCAACGUGCAACCAAACGGGGGGAAACUACCGUGAGCCCAACAACUACUGUCCGUGAGCCCCGCUGCUGCUACCCGGAAAUAUUACAAGGGCCGGAAAGGACCAAUGUUAAGGGAGCACACGUCACUCACUUUUACCCAAAAAUAUUAUCACCCGACCAUCCAAAUUUUCUCGGCCGUCGAGUUUUUUUUGAAGGAAAGCUCCCUGCCACACAAACGGUGCAAACCCAAUAGCAAGAGGGCGGCGCUGUUGUCCGUCUGUGUUGAUUUGUGGGGGGAACCGAGUCCGCUUUUACCCAGCUCAGCAUCAGUGAAAAUGGCUCUGACUAUCGACUGGAAAACAGCACGCAGAAAUGGACGCGGACGAUAGCUAGCUAGGCGGUAAGAAGAAGAAGAAGAAGAAGGCGUGACAGGCCUCAUCCAUCUGCAACUGGAUGCGUAGGAUUUUGCGGGGUUUACAUUAAAAAAUGAGAGGCGGUCAAAUAUGCGAUAAAUUGUCUUCCUCAUCUGCUAGGGGAUCUUACUCCCCUGUGUGCUCAUCGGAUCGAUCAGAGGAAACGGUAAGAAAACAAGAGGUGAGCAAUAACGAGAUUCAAAGUGAGUGACUCUAGUGUAGACACAUUACCUUGAGCCUUUUGCACAAGUACAAUACUGAGAAAUGUUAAAGUGAAUUAUAACUUCUGCUUUCUAAGAAUUGUGCAGUGUUUUUUUUCCCACACUGGGCAAAGAUGUUUAUUUUUUGCAAUGUAUUCUGGUUUCCUGUUCCUCUUUUCAUCAAAUAGAGAAAUUAUUUCAAUUUCAAUUGUUUUCACCUGUUUCUUUGUUGGUUGUUGAUUACAUUUAAUUCCAUUAAUUUGGCAUAAUGCAGUGUAAGUACCCCAAAAUCCAAUUCAAUAUCUAACCAGAUGCCAUAGAUAUAAACAAAACUGGAUGAAGUAUUACUAAUAUUUAAUAUGAACAAUAUAGAUAUUUUCCACUAUGUAGACUGAUUUUCAGGGUAAGAAUAACAACCGUGACUGUUUUAAUGUACCUAAUAGCUGCAUGCCAUUGCACCAAUUUAUAAUAAUCAAAUAAAAACAGUGAUAAAAAAGUUAAUGGUGCAAUUUGGGUCUAUUCUUGGUUUGGAAAAUGUGCUCAACAAAGUUUUAAAAGCGCAUUGGAUGAAAAUAAUUAUCAUUUUUUUGCAGGACAGUCCGACCUGCAUUUGAAAACAUUGUGUAAUGAUCUUUGAUGUACAUGUCAACAAAAAUGAAUAGUGAACAUGCUGAAAAAGAAAACCUGGAUAAGGGACUGACUGCCCCAAUGAUUUCUACCAAUUUAUGCAUCAGAUUUAUUCAGAAAGACACCAUGAAAGUGUCUUAUAGCAAGGUAUGCAGAAAUAUGACUUUAAAAGGCUCCUCAAGAAAGAAUAAUAUCAUCAACUCAGACAAAUUCUCACUUACAUUGUCUGAUAUUUAAUAAAUAUUUAUCAUCAGUCUGGGUCUUUGUAGUUUCUUUCAUCAUGAUGAUGGAUUGCAUCCAAAAUGUUGGAAUAACUGAAGAACAGGUUACAGGAAGCUCUGUUCUCUAGUACACACCCUGGGGGCUCCUACUAUGAGGAGUGGAAGUAACAAAACCAACUGACAAAAAUGGAGGUAAUGAAAAUGCAUGUGAAUUGAAAAAUGGAAUGAUAAAUUAUCAAGUGAUUUGAUUUAAACAGUCAUGAUAUAAUGAAAACAGUCAUGUUUAAUAAUUUUUCUUGUUUUAAUUUGAUCAUUCGCAAUCAGAAUUGCUAUUUAUAAUUUAAGGAAAGUGGCCUCAAAGGUAGGAGUAACAAUGGAUUGUCUGUUGAUUUGAUAAACUUGAUUGACAGCAAAGUUAUUUGUAUUUAUAUUUGAAUAAAAGUGGAAAUAAGUGUAAUAAUCCUGAUUUUGUUUUAAUUAUACUUCUAAUUUUAGGAUAUUAAAGUGUUAAAAUAAGUUUUUCUUCUAUAAACUACUUUGCAAAGGAGGGUUCUUGAAACCCAGUCUCCCAUACUAUGGAAACAAAUAAUUAAAAAAAUAUUGCAUAUGCAAACAAUAAAAGGUGGUAUUUUGAAUGAUAAACACAACCCAGUUGAUUUUCAGAGCAACACAGGUACAAAUAAAAUCUCAAUCACGUCUAUCAUAUCAAUUGACAAUUUAUAACCCUGUUUUUUAAUUCACACACAUUUUCAUCACUUCCAUUUCUUCCAGCUAUUUUUUGUUACUUGAGGCCACUUUCCGUAAUUGAUAAAUGGCAAAUUUGUAUUAUGAAUGAUAAAUGUAAGACAGGAAACAUGGCUCUCUUUCAGUUAAAUCGGCUUCGUAUUAAUCAAAUCACUUGAUUGUUUUUUUUCAUUUAACAUCCAACAUCCAUUUUUAGCCCUUUAUUUUUCAAUUCACAUGCAUUUUCAUCACCUCCAUUUUUUAAUCUGUAUUUUUUGUUACUUCCACCCAUCAUAUAACACUGUACAAUUGUAAGACCCUAAAAACAGUGAUAAGCAUGUCUUCAAAGAAUAACAGCCACACUGGAAUAGGACCUGUCCUACCUGGUUGAAACAUAGAUAUCCGUAUAAGGACUCUUUAAUCAAUUUUAAUGACUGCGAGCAAGGUGGAAGAUGCAGUGUUUAGUCUUUACUUAUGUCAAGUUAGAUUUUCUGUUAACACAAAAUGUAGACUGGAAAAACUGCUAACUUCCUUGUGUUAGUAAUUGAAAGUAAUAUUUUUCAGAAUAGCAGGAAAACCACCAGUGUUAGUUCAAGUAAAAUUCAAAUAUGCAGUUAAAUACACAAAACCUGCAUUUUACCAAAAGGCAUCAGCUGUUUGAUGUGUUUUUUUGUUCAGCACUGUCACAUCUCUCUGUAUUCUGUGGUUCUGCUAGAGAUAGCUGCAUGUACUGUAUUUAUGCUGUAAAUCUAAAAUGAGAGGAUAAAAUACAGUGUGACAUAUAUUACAUGAUUGCUGCAGCAAAAAAGGUUAAGAGGUGGUGGGCCAGUGUAUAAUACAGUAAUAAAUUGGGUCUAAAGUAGGUCUGUUAAAUAAGCAACCUCUGCCUCAUUAAACCGGUAACUUACACCUUUGUAGCAGAGGCCUGCUAUGAACAUCUGGAUGCAAAGACUUGAAAAAUGUAGAAAAUAACUUUUGUACUUGAUUUAAAUCCAUAUUAACCUUCAUGGUAAAUAUGAAUUUAGUGAAAAUAAGCAUUCAUUCACCGAUUCUGGUUGUGCUGCAAUCCAGCAGAACCACCUCAUGGUAAGUUGUUAUAAAAUAUUAAAAUGUACCACAUUAUUAUUAUUAUUAUUAUUAUUAUUAUUAACCUGAUGAGGUGGCUAAAAAAUAGAAAUGUCUUGAACAGGGUAUCUUGUAUUGUUUAUGAAACAAUACAAGGUACCCCUUGUAAAACUCACACAAACCUAGUGACAUAAUGCUUAACUAAGCAUCAUGUCAUCGGUGGCUGACUCUAGUGAACAUAAGUUUGUUUGAAAUUAAUCAGAAUAACAUGUUAAUGAUUGUUCCACCGUAAGUGGACCAUGGAGAUAAACUCCUAUCUUGUAAUGUAACAGUAUGGACUUCAUGUAUAUACAGAUUUGCCUGAAUGGAUGUGACACCUUCUUAUAGGGUCAGAUGUUGCUUUUUAGGAAAGGACAGUAAGUGAAAUUUGUUCAAAAGUAUUUUCCUGUGCCCCUCUAUGACCUUUCUGUCCUUUUGACCUUUGUUUUUUCAGCUAUAGGAACUUCUUGGCUGAAUGCAGAUGAGGAAUCUUGCUUAGAUGAAGGAAAAUGUCAAUGCAGUAACUCUCAAAGGAAACAAGAAGAUUGUCAUUUGAACUGCUUCUCAAAAAUUAUUAAGCAUUUUUGAAAUUAGUUGGAACUCAUCUGUUAAAAAGACAUCUUUACCCUUUGAUCUUAAAGUCAUCUCCUCAGCUACCCCACUGCUUUUGGAAGUAAAGUGUGGGCAGUGGAUGAUCAAGAGGGAGUAACAACAGCUGAACUGUACAGUCCGGAGAGACAAACUUUAGAGUCAAGCUGACAGUCAAGUAAUUCUGGAAGAAAUAGUAGCAUAACAUCACCCUUAGGGUAAAGUUUGUCUUUCACCAGUCAGUGGUGGGAUCAUUGUUGCCGCUCCUAGCAUUGGAGGUUUGGCUCUGCACCCCCAUGUGCCAGUGAGUGGGAAAUGUUCCAGUUUGGAAAAUACAAUUUGGACAUUAUAGAGAUGUUAAGUGGGCACCAGGCCCACCAGUUCAAAGGCCUUGGUUUAGAUCGACAACUACAGCAUCAACAGCAAGUGCAACUUCACCAGCAUCAACUCCAGCAGCAGCAGCAGCAGCAGGCUGAAUCUUCUGGAGCUCUUCUGUCUGGACUUGGCUUGGGCCCCCUGCAGGGGUCUAGAGGUAACGCCUUUUCUGAUUCUGCCUCCAUUUUUGCCAAGAUGAGUGCCCCUCCUCCCCCACCUUUACAACAACAGCCUUCCUCAUCUCAGAGCUCUCGUUCAAAGUCAAGCAAGAUGAGCAGCAGCAGCUCAAGCCAUUCUUCAGGCUACCCACAGUUCCUGCGCUCUUUCCACCCGUCUGAGGCAGCACUAGCACAGGAGCAGUUACAUCCAGGUGUAGGCCGCUUUGAGCACUUUGCCGGGGGAAGUAGCAGUAGUGGGAGUGCUGGGGGAUUAGGAGGAUUAGUAACAUCAGCACCUCCACCCCCUCCUCCUCUGCAUCCCGGCCUCUCUGUCCCCCAAGCAUCACCUGGCCCCCCCUCUUCCUCUCCCUCCCCUUCAACCUCUGUGGCCACCUCUAACAACCCUUCUAGCAGCAGUGCAGUCAGCUCAUUGGGACACCAGUUGGUUGGGGCCCAGUCUGAUGCACGGAGCCUUCACCAACAAUUUAGUUGCAUGUUAGCUGCUAAUCAGUAUUUCCUUUCUGGGGUGCCUGCUAACGCUAGUUUAGAGCAAUUUCUUGUUCAACAGGGAACCCAUAACCACUUAGGGAUUGGUUUAAGUCAGACAGGUGGGGAGCCUAGUACUAGUCUUGCUCCGCCUCCUGCUUUGCAUUCUUCUCACUCACAUGGCCACUCCACUCCCCAGUCACAGCAGGGCCCACAGCAGCCUCCCCAGCAGCAACAGCUUCCACCUCACACCCUGUCUCAUCCUCACCCUCAUUCUCAUCCUCACCACCCGCUCCACCCAGGCUCCCAGCAUUCAUCGCUGGGCGGCUUUGACUUACAGGGCAUCCCUGUACUCUCAUCAAAUCAGAUAGCUUCUCUGAUGCAGCAGGAAGCAGGUUUACCCCUCCCCUUGCCACUUCAUUUAUCCUUGUCAAAGGAUGAUGGCAAAGGGGAAAGCAGCGGAGGUGGAAGUAGUACUGGCAGUAGCAGUAGCAGUAGGAGAAAGAAAGCUAUGGCUGGCUAUUUGCCACAGAGAAAAUCUGAUAGCGCUAGUAAUGGUGGCGGCAGCAGUCAUGGCCACAACAGCCACGGUAAUCCUAGUGCUAGUAGUAAUAGUGGAGGGCUUAGCCACGGUCAGCCCCCAGCUUUAAUUGGGAGUGGGGUUGGUAUGUCAAAUAUGGGUGGAGAUCCAUCAUCCCUCCUUGCCUCAUCAUCUUCAUCCUCAUCAGUAGUUUCUUCCUCCUCCUCUGCUCCCUCUUCCACUGCUGCCUCAGUACUGGUUACUAAUGAUUCUCACCUUUCUAAAUCUGAUAACCAGAGCUCAAUGCAACCCAACCCCACAGAGUCUGAUACAGAGCACAUUUAUAGCUGUGGAGAGUGUGCCAAAAGCUUCCCUCACCUUUCAAGCCUUCGCAGGCAUAUGCGCAUGCAUGAGCCAACUGCAGCUGGUACUAGCAAAGCUGCCGCUACUGGCCCAAAUCCUGUACACAUUAAAAAUCAGCCUGACCCAAGCCUUCCCCAUUCGACCCAAGAAACUCCCCAACCCUCAACCAAUUCUUGUCCUAGCCCAGACAAAAUAUUUCAUUGUCCUGAGUGUGGCAAAGGCUUUAAGAAAAAAGGGCACCUCCUGCAACAUGGUGUAUUACACUCUUCAGCCCGCCCAUAUGGCUGCUCCACCUGCUCUCGGGCUUUUAAUCGUAGAGAGUCACUGACACGCCAUGAGAAGAUACAUGAGGAAAAGCCAUUCAGAUGUCCUGCCUGUGGUCGUGCCUUCCGUGAGAGCACCUCUCUACUCAACCAUGCUGCCUCAGGCACCUGCGGCAAGCCAGGUAGGGGACCCAAACAACGGGGCAGCAAGACAGGAAAUGAUGGUGAGGACAGAGUCGGGGGAGGGGGUGGAGGAGGUAAUGGAGGAGGGGGAACUUAUCAAAGCAAUAGAGGGGUAAUUUAUGGGAAAACUGAGGAAGAAGAUGGUGUAAUCAUUGUGGGGGAAGGAGAACCAAAAUCAGGUUUAGGAUGUGAUGGUCUGUUUCAGUCUGGAAGGGAAGGGAAUUCAAAUGACAGGGACAGAACAGAUGGUAAAUACCCCACUGACUACUCUCGGAAUCGUUACACAGGCUACCAUGAUGAUCACCGUUCUCAAGGUAACCCAUCUCCAUGCUACUCUGGUGCCUCCCCCUGUGGAAGUGGGAUGGCGGGCCCAGCUCUGAGAAAGGCACCCUUGGCCCCAACACUGCAUCCACACUCACAGAGCCACAACCAGCACCACCAUCCGCAGCAACAGCCCCACCUGCCCCUAUCUUCUCUACUGGAUGACUCAGAGGAUGAUGUCACUAGCUCUGUCAAUAAUGCAAUCUCUGCUAUAACAGCAGCUAGCAACAGUGGAAAUAGAGGGGAUGAUAGGGGAGACAUCAUAGGAGGUCUACUAGGUGGUCUUGGUUUAGGUCCUCUGGGCUCACCUUCAUCAACAUCUGGCUUGGAUAAGAAUUUCAGAGGUGGUGGAAAUCAGGAGGCAAUGAGCAGCAACCAACAGAAUCCUGCUGCCAAGCCAAAACGUCCCCGCAAACCUAGAGCAAAGAAAGAUCCAGCAGCUGGAGGACAGCCCCCCAAACGUAGGCAGUACACACCGAGAAUGGGGCCCAGCGGUCUUCCACGCACUCACCUCUGCAGUGUCUGUGGUAAGGGAUUUGCACGUCGCGAGACCCUACGCAGGCAUGACCGUAUCCAUACUGGAGAAAAGCCUCAUCCCUGCACUGUUUGUGGGAAAUAUUUCAGAGAGGCUUUUCACCUCAGCAAGCAUCAAACAGUUCACUCUGGGGCAAAGAAUUACAAAUGCAGCAUCUGUGGGAAGGAGUUUGGUUACUCCCAGAGCCUCAGGAGGCACAGUAAACUCCACCAGAAAGGGGAGCUGGAAGAGGUGCCCACAACACCAGCUGCAGAGAACCUCAACAGCUUUAACCCAAACCCUCAAUGUAGCGUGGCCCAAGACAGGAGCCAGAACCAAGCACCAAGCACCUCCUCCUAUUACUCCUACCCUCAAGAUGUCAAGCCUCAAGACACCAACCCUCAGCCACAACCCCCACCCCAGCCACAUCCCCAAGCCCCACCUCCACCUCGACUUUACACCUGUGCUAUAUGUUGGAAGUCGUUCCGCCAUCACUUCCAUCUGACUGCCCAUCACCAGACGGUACAUGAAGGUGGGGGUGAAAAGCUCUUCUGCUGUGAGGUAUGUGGGAAGGCAUUUGCUUACUCCAAUAGCCUUACCCGACAUAGGAUAUCACAGCAUGGGAUAACCCGUGCUGAGCCGUCUAACCCUCAAGAAGGCAGCAGUGGGCCUGGAGACAACAGAGGUGGAAAUGAUGUUAAUCAGUCCACGUCAGAGAGCGAGGCUGCCACCAAUGCCCUGCUACAGAUGGCUCCUUCCUCAGAAGGCCAUGGAGGGCAGAGUCUCAGCGUUGUCACUCAUAGCCAACAGCAGCCACCCCCACAACCACCACCAGCUGGUUAUUCUCCUCUCUUUUAUGAUGCUGCAGCAGCCCAAACUUCAGCAGCUAAUGCCCCAUCUUACUCUCAGCCUCUGCCUCCAAACUCUACAAUCAUUCCCCCACAGCACCCGCACUCCCCAGCCGGGGUGAAAGGAGAGCACAUAUAUCCAGCCGGAUCCCGUAGCCGCACGCUUCACACCACAGCCCCGUUCCAGCCCCUUACGGAACUGCCGUCCACUGAACAUCAUCAUCUGCAUCAUCAUCAUCAUCUCUCCCACCAUCAUCCUCAUCAUCAGUCAGGUACCCAGCCCCACCAACACCUUGACUGCAACAUCCAGUUAUCACACGAUGACAUGAGACGACACAAGAAGAAAAAAAAAAAGUCCGAGAGGAGAGAUCGGAGGGAAAAUAAAUGGGAAUCCCAAGAUUUAGUCAGAUUUGAUGGAAUCAAAAGGAAGAGAAAGAUAAAUUGUACAAUAAGAGGGCAGUUGAAUAAAAAACAAGGCUCUCUUCGCUUGACAAUUAGGCGGGGAGGAGGAUCAGGUGGUGGUGGGUAUAAGCUUGUCAACACUGGGGGUAUGAAAGUCCCGAUCCUGCCAUCUCUAAAAGUCCCUGUGAAACGUUUUGGCUGUCCUAUAUGCCCCAAUUCUGUGUUUUCCCGCAAAGCGGGACUGUUAGUCCACAUGGCAGUAAAACACCCACAAAAAGCCUUGACCACCCCGGAGCGACUGAGGUGCAGUGUAUGUGGGAAGCAGUCUCACAGGCCUUUGGCAGCCUUCAUCCAUCGGGCCUCCCAUCGUGCCAGAGGGACUUUCUCCUGCCAACGCUGCUCUGCUCGCUUCUGGAAUGCUACACUUCUCCACAGGCACAAGGUGUCCUGCCGCCGCAGGGCUAAAGGACUGCAGCGAGGAGAUGCUAACAGGCUGAAGCUUUCAAAGAGACCAGGAGAGAAAGAGACCAGAGAGGGUCAGGAGGAGAUGCCAUUCCUACAGGGACCAUGCAGAUACUGAGCAUCCUGGUAUCUCAAUAGAGUGGCAUACAAGAGGGAUAUUUCUGUUUUAAAAUGGGAUGGUGAGAAAAAAGGGACUUGAAAAGGCAUCUGUUGCCUUUAGGAGAAUUUGCCUGGUGUCUAUGUUGACAUCUACUCUGCUGACUAUUAGAAUGAGUGUGUUAACAACUACUGUAGAGCAUCCUAUAAAAUAUCACCAGAAAUUCUUUCAGAUUAUACUGGAAGGUGUUUCAAAGACGUGACUGUUUCAAUAGGAUCACUAACCCCUUAAGUGCAUUGACACUAUGCUUGGCUGACACUGUGCAGUUACUAGACAAGUUUAGGUGAAAUGACCUGCUAAUGUAUCUCUCCUCCUCAUAUCCUAACUAGAAUCCCUGCUACACCUCUUGCUGUAUGAUAAACGUCUCUGCUGUGUAUUUUGUCUUGUUGUUGUUCACUUAGAGGCUCUGAGGAUUUUUUUAAAUGUAAAGUGCAUUUAUUAGGAGUAGGGACAUGGGGACAAAGACAUUUGUUGAUAGUUUGUCAGUGCAUGUUUGUUCUCUGGUCAAGUUUUUUGCUGAGGUGAUAUCACUCCUACAGUAUGUGAUGGUUUAUUCAGUAUAUCCCCAGAAGUUUGUAGUGUAAACUUGAUUUGAAAGUUGCUCUAUAUUCCCUAGUGAUUUAAUCACAUAUAGAUAAAACGUCAAAGUUGCUGGUAAUUAGUACAAGGAUCCCUCUCCUGCCAAAAUGAAGAAACUUACAAAAAGCCUUGCUUGUUAUGUUCACUUUACUUCAUUUAUUUGAGAUAUUCCUAGCUUUUAUACCAAGAGAUUGAAAACAGAUUAAACAAGUGGACUGUAACACAUGUUUAUCUCAUGUUAUUUGUAUGCUCUUUUUAGCAGUGAUUAUUUCUACAGUACUUCACAGUGUGUUAAAGUCAAGGACCUAUCAUAAUAGAGGCAAAUGUAAUAUUCCAUGUAUUUAUGUGUGUAACCCAAUCAGUCUUCAUGCCAAUCUUAUAUUUAACUCCUUCUACCUUUUUUCUUUUUGCUGAGUUGCAAUCAUAUUCUUACUGUCAAGCCUUCUUCUGAAGAAAAAUAAGUUUUAAUUACAUCAUGUCACUUUAUUCACAUGAAAUGUUCAUACCCCUGUCAAGCCUUUUGUUUUCUUCUGAAGAAAAAAAUGAUAGUUUUAGUAGAUUUCUAUCACAUUAUUUACUGAAAAGUCAGUAGUUGAUUAUAUUUCAGCAAUGAAUAAACCUUAAGUGUAAUCAUUUGUUUUCCCUUUCAUUUCUCAUUCAAAGUUACAAACUGCAAUAUCCAGAAGAUGGUACAAACUGCUAGUUAUUAAACAUAAGUAAGCUGUAACUGUUACCAAAGUCAGUAUUAAGGUUAUACAAUUAUAUUUAGCUUCAUGUUCUAUGUGAAUUUGAUAUCACUGUGUGGAUUAAAUGGAUUUUAAGGAUGUAGUCGAUAUGCCAAUAAAUUUCAUUAAAAUUCUUAGG